AUGGACUCAAGUCUACAAAGCAGCCAAGCCACAAUGAAAAACCACCAGUUUCCUGCCCAACAUCACCGGUGUUGGUCUGGAACUCGUCUUUUCAGCCGAUUAGACACAAACCCGAGGUUUUCUGUAGCUGUUAUAAUCGUUUUGUAUGUCAUUAUUCUUGCUAUGUCCUACAGCUUAGGCUAUUUGGUCGGCUCGUCUUUCACCAUUAAAGAUAUCACGACUUUCGUGAUCUCUAGAACACCACCACCCCCUUCUCGAAAUGUCGUUCUGAGGUUGUCUGAACCUUUGAGCUACAAGUUUGUCAGCCAGUGUGCUGAACCUGUGCCCCCUGAAUUUGUCCGUCAGACAAUUAUCGAUCAGGUUUACAAUGGUAAGUCGCCUUAUGAAGACUUCAUCCCCGUAAGAGCUACCUCAUCAUCUCUCCUAACAAAGAAAGUCCAAUGGUGGGGAUCAUAUGAGGUCAUUUAUAAGAGUUUAAUCCACAAAGUUCGGCCAAAGACCAUAAUCAAGUUUGGUUCUUCCUUAGGUGCAUCAGCAGCUUAUAUCGCUAACCUGACGAGUGAACUAGGGUUAGAGACGCAGAUCCUCGGCCUCAAUGAAUUUCGAAGCUUGUCGGUCUUUCGGGGCCUAUCUGAAGAUAUCGCUAUGCCGAAUGGUGAUAGUGUGCUUCUAAAUCAGUUUAUCCACGACGUAAUUUCUCAAAAUGUGAAAGAAUCUGUCUUACCAGUUCCCCUUGCAAUGAAUUCCGAUUCAGAGAAGCUUUGUGAAUGGGGCAUCUACGGUGACUUAAUAGAGGUCGAUGCAGGCCGUGACUUCCACUCUGCCUGGUCAGAAAUCAACAAGGCUUACAAGCUGUUGAGACCUGGCGGAGUCCUCUUCGGUCAUAAUUAUUUCUCAUCCUACAAUGACAUAGGUGCCAAACAAGCCGUGCGAUUGUUUGCUCGAGCCAAUAAGUUCCUCAUUGAAGAAGACCAACACCACUGGAUGAUGGUUAACUCGGCUUAUAAAUGA